AUGAUUCAAAGAGGCAUUGAUCCUAACCAAGUCACUUACAAUUCUUUGAUUGAUGGUUAUUGUUUGCAAAACCAAAUGGAUGGGGCAGUUAAGACAUUUAAUAUGAUGGUUGAGAAGGGUUGUUCACCCGAUGUGAUUAGCUAUAACAUAUUGAUCAAUGGAUAUUGCAAAAGUAAAAAAAUUGAUGAGGCAAUGUGUAUCUUUCAUGAAAUGUCCAACAAGGGAGUGAUUCCUAAUGUUGUGACUUACAACACUCUUAUCGAUGGGUUUUUCAAAGUGGAGAGACCCCAGGCUGCACAGGAGCUAUUCCAUAAGAUGCAAGCUUAUGGCCAACAUCCAGAUCCCCAAACCUAUAACAUCUUGUUAGAUGGAUUUUGUAAGAAUAGACGAAUUGUUGAGGCAAUGGCAUUGUUUCAAGAGAUGGAAGAAAAAAAGUUAGACCACAAUAUUAUGUUUUACAACAUCUUGAUUGAUGGUUUCUGCAAUGUUGGGGAACUUACAACUGCAAGAGAAAUCUUUAGCGGUCUUUUUGCAAAAGGGUUGCAACCUAAUGUUCGGACUUACAUUAUAAUGAUCAAUGGAUUUUGCAAGAAUGAACUAAUUGAUGAGGCGGGUGAGUUGCUUGAGGAAAUGGAUAGCAACGGUUGUUCACCUAACCAUCACACAUACAACAUAUUAAUCCAAGGGUUAUUGCAACAUGGUGACAUAGCAAAGGCAAUGAAAUAUCUCAAAAUGAUGGUUGACAAGGGAUUUUCAGCAAACACAACAAUUGCUGCCAUGUUUAUUGACUUGCUGUUGUCUAAUCAAGUAGAUGAAAAUAUUCGAGAGCUGCUUCCAAAGUCUGGGUGA